AUGGCCACCAUCUGCUCGCCUCCGGCUGGAUAUCCUCCCGAGAUCACCGGAUAUGCCGAACCUUGGAUCGUGAGCCCUGGUGAUCAGGUCUCCAUCAAAAUUUCGUCGACCGAGCCCGAGUACCAAUACCAGACUGUGCGAAUCAUUCAAGGAGUCGACCUCGAGCAUUCGCCUCCGAAACAAGAAGAGAUCAUCGCCACCAUUCCCGCCGGCAAGGCACAGGGCCGAUUCCAGCUUGCAAGACCCGGUUCCUACGCCAUUGUCGACCGCUGGAUCCCUGGAUCCUGCUCGAAACAACUCGGCCGACUCGGAGUCUCCUUUUACAUGCAGCCAUGGCUCCCCGAAUCCGGCCACACCCAAACUCUGGUCUCUGCAUUGGAUGUCAAUCGCCACGUGGGAUUUACGGCCGUCAUCCUGCCCACGGGAACGCUGGAGUUCUGGCUUGGGACCGGGAGCGAAAUCGAGGUUGUUCCCACUGCCUUCCGCCCGGCGAAGAAAAGAUGGGUGCAAGUCGAGAUGGCCGUGGACGGAACCGACUUUACUGCUGCCAUCACGCCCCAGGCUCGCUUUGCCGAAGCCGGACUUCCUCCCGUGACGGUCAAGCAUCAACUGAGAGGUUCGUUCGCCAUGUUGCCAGAUAUCCCACUCCUCUUCGGCGCGAGCUAUGCUCAAUCCCCCAACGCCGCCGACUCGCGGCCCACCAACUUUUUCAACGGCCGACUCGAUAGUCCGUGCAUCAAGACAAACACCACCCCCCUGGUCAAGUUUGAUUUUUCCCGGGACAUGACCACGGAUUUCAUUGUCGACGUCUCUGGACAUGGACACAAAGGUAAAUUGGUCAACGCACCCACUCGGGCGGUCAAAGGCUACGACUGGGACGGCACCGAGCCGGAUUGGACGCGGGCAAAGUACGGGUACGGGGCGAUUCACUUCCACGACGACGAUCUGGACGACGCGGAAUGGGACACGGAUUUCACCAUCACCAUUCCCGAGGACGUGCGUUCCGGGGCGUACGCCGUCAAGGUCGAGUCGACCAACAAGAAGACCUCGGAUUACAUUCCAUUCUUUGUCCGAGCAGGCCAGGCGGCGGGCCAGACGCAGCAACGGGAGGGCAAGGUGGCGUUCGUGCUCUCGACCCUGACGUACCUGGCGUAUGCGAACGAGCACCUGUUCGAGCGGGAGAAGCGACGAUCGGCCAUCGACGUCGGCCCGGGGUUUGACACGAGCUCGAUCUGGCCAAGCGAGGAUUUCGAGCGCCUGAAGCGCCGGUCUGACUUGGGCUUGUCUCCGUACGACGUGCACAACGACGACUCGGGCGUGGUGUACUCGUCGGCCAAGCGGCCGAUCCUCAACCUCCGGCCCGGGUAUGUGAUGUGGGCGAUGGCGCGGCCGCGUGAGUUCAGCGCCGACUCCCUCUUCAUCGGCUUCCUGGAGCGCGAGCGGAUCCCGUACGAGAUUGUUACGGACCACGACCUGCACGCGCAGGGCGUGGCGGCCAUCGCGGGAUUCAGUACCGUCGUCACCGGCCACCACCCGGAGUACCCAACCUUGGAGUCCUACGACGCGUACAUGGCGUACGCUGCACAAGGCGGCAACCUCAUGUACCUGGGCGGCAACGGGUUCUACUGGGUGUCCUCGACGGACACUGCGACGCGGCCGCACCGGAUCGAAGUGCGCCGCGGCGACCAGGGCGUGCGCACGUACGGCCUGCCCGGCGGCGAGCGCGUGCACAGCCUCAGCGGCCAAGCGGGCGGCAUGUGGCGGUCGCGCGGGCGGGCGUGCAACGUCCUCUUCGCCGUCGGCUUCUCGGGCGAGGGCGCCGGGCCGGGUGUGCCGUUCGCGCGGACGGACGUGAGUGCUUUUAAAGAUGCCAGCGCCAGGGCCAGCGUCGCCUGGAUGUUCGAGGGCAUUGGGCCAGACGAGCUUAUUGGCCAGCACGGGCUCGGGCGCGCUGGCGGGGCGAGCGGCGACGAGGUCGACCGGUACGACGUUGCCAACGAGAGUCCCGAAGCCGCAAUUGUCCUGGCUUCGAGUACGGGACACUCGGACGAGUUUGGCAUCGCCCCGGAGGAUACUACGUUUCCCAUCGUCAACACCCUCGGCACCCAGACCGACCUGAUUCGGUCGGAUAUCACGUACUACGUGACCAGUGCUGGGGGAGGAGUGUUUUCCGUCGGCAGUAUGAAUUGGUUCUGCUCGCUCGGCUGGGAUGACUAUCAGAACAACGUGGCCACCUUGACCCGGAACGUGAUCCUGGGCUUCUUGAAGGGAUUAAGAUAG